AGCUGGACCUUAUAAAGCACCCAGAGGCCGCCGUGGGCCAUUUCCUCAGCCACAGCAGCCAUCGGGAGGACCGCGGGGGGACGAGUCCAGCACCAUGUCAGAACUGGAGAUAGCCAUGGGCAUGAUCAUCGACGUCUUCGCCCGGUACGCGGGGACAGACGGCAACGCGCAGAGCCUGAGCAAGGGGGAGCUGAAGGUGCUCAUGGAGAAGGAGCUCCCGGGCUUCCUGGAGAGCGGAAGGGACAAGGAGACCGUGGACAAGCUGCUCAAGGACCUGGACGCCAACGGAGACGCCACGGUGGACUUCAACGAGUUCAUCGUGUUUGUGGCUGCGCUCACCUCUGCCUGUCACAAGUAUUUCCAACAGGGGGGAGCCAAGUGACGCCCUGCAGACCUGGGUCCCUGAAGGGGGCUCAGGGCUGCCGGCUCCCAGAAAGCUCUUGGCUGCACUGAUUUCUCUGGGCUGAGAGAGCUGACCGCCAUCUGAUGAAUAAAAUGUUUGCCAAAGGGGCCUGGUCUCAGAGACGCUGAUU